AUGAGCCGAAAGUUGUCAAUUGGUCACUCCAAGCAAACAACACCAUUUUAUUUAAAUCCUAUGAAAACUAACCCUGAAAUUGCCAAAAUAACUCUACGAAAAAAAUUAAGAGAAGAAGUAAUUACCUUAAUUGCUUCCAGCACUGAUUACUUAACUCAAAUUAAGCAGUACUUAACCGAACUGCGGAAAAUUUCCCAGAAAGAAGUUAAGGCCUGA